UUCACACUAUAAAAGUAAAACCCUUAGGUUCUGUUCCGCACGCAAAGAACCAAAGCGCGUCGUGACUUAUUUCAUUAUCACUCGCCUCAAAAUGACGUUUAACGGCGGAGGCUCACCAUUUCCCGUCGUCUAUUGGGACGGCGAAACACUAACCAACCUCGGAAUCCUCACUGUGGACCCCACUAUGAAUUUCAAGAGUAUUAUCUCCAUCUUGAGUAACCAGAUUGGGAUCUCGCCUCAUCAGUUUACAGUUUUCCUCGCCGAUCAAGAUAGUGACCAGAAAACCCCACUCAGCGCAAAGUUUAACCUCUCCGCCCUGUCUCGUAACGGCGGCGAGUACUAUUUAUUCGUUAGGCGGACAAGGCGGUUUAAAAAGUCUCCGACGAAGAACAAGAACGUAGCAGAUAAAAUCAUGUUUAUGCGCCGUAACGGUGCUGUCAAUCAAACGGCGGUUGACGAUUAUCGGCCGUCGUUUUCGAUUCUUGAACGAGCUGGGAUUGAGAGGAGGAUGUUGCGUUUGCGGAUGGAAAAAGAGGCAUUUCUGAGGAGUUUGAGAAACAAGGGCGAGUCUUUCAGAGAAACACCGUACCGGUACGGCGAUGGAUACGGUGGCGCGUGGUGUAAAGAGUGUGUGGUUGCGGAGGAGAAAGGGACUUAUGCUGGUUUUCAUUUAUGUGUUCGUGAUAAGGUAAUUAAAGGGUUCAAGUCAACAGCGGGACCGAUUUCCCGGCCGGAGAGUGACUCCGGCGAUAACGGUAGUAACUGAUUUGUGUUGGGUGGUUUUUUUUUUUUAAUUUUUUUUAAUUUUUUUUUUAUCAAUUGAUGAAAAUUAUAAAUAAAAAUUGUGUAUAGAAAAUUAGGGGAAAUGAUCUGGUGUGGUACGGUAUACGAUAAGUAAAGGAAGGUAUACCAUAUUGGUAAAGCUAUGUUUUGACAUUGAAUUAAUUUAUCUAUCGAUAGGAUACAUACUCAAUAGGGUAUAUAAAGGGGUUUUCGAUUUCAUUACUAUAUAUGUAUCCUUCAAUGUUUUUGUAGAGAGAGAAGAGUGAGGGUUGCUUGUGACUUUGUUUAAUGGUUGUAUUUCAUGAGAUUGGUUAUGCUAGGUGAUUAGAAUUGAGGAGAUGGAUGAAUUGCAAUGAUGUUAUCAAGUUGUUACCUUUUAGGUUUAUGUAUUAAUGAAGCUUUGAGGAGUUAAAUAUAUUAAUGCUUUUUCCUCUU